CGACUUACUGAAAGAGGUGACAUGACUCUGAGAGAUAUAUUUGUAGAUUUGGUUUGUUAGAAUCCAGAGUCCUAGUUAUAUAUGGUUUAUACCCCCUUCUAUGGGAUAGGUACAACCUUUUAUUCCACCGUUAAAUGGCUCCUGUGGGAUGCCCUGGUCGUAUGUUCCCCCCUCAGCCCUUGUCUUAUCCGCAUGUGAUGGUGCUGUGGGUAUGUGUUUACAGGGUUGCUUCAAGACCUAAACCGUUCAAUCUUUACCUGCGAACGCUUCCUUCCGACGUUGAUAUUCAUCAGAAGGUUAUUAUAUGUUUAUAUAGUGCUAUAUUGCAUAUAUAAUGUGUGGGUGUACAUCCUGAGAUAGC